CGUUCGCGACUACCGCCACCGCGCCGUCCCAGUGUGCGCGCCUUUUUAACACCAGUUCAUCUCACGUCAGUUCAACUCCUCUCUCUCUCUCUCUCACUCUCUCGCGAUCUAUUUUUUUCCACGUUCGUAUUCCUCACGUCGUCUUCAUAGUCGACGACGAAUUCCUUUUGUUUUUAUUUCUUGUUCAUUUCCGACUACCGAUCACUGCAAUCUCCUCCCCCCGCGUUUCUUUUCGUCUCGCUACGGAAAUAUAUACGUAUUAUUAUAUAAUACCAUUUUUGUUUUCGGUCGUUUUUAAUCUCGCAUAAUAUCACCGUGUUCGCUUUUGAGAAUAUUGUUUAUACUUGUGGUGAUAUCGUCAGUUCGCGCUGCGUGCUUGUCUGUUUAUUCGUUUUUUUUAUAACAUUUUCUUCACCGUCGAUAUAAUAUUAUAUUGUUCUUGUGAAUGGAUUACGCGGAGACGAUAGAAUUUURAGUCCUUCUAUUGAAAUAUUUAUGCGAUGAGGCAUUCAACAGUCGGCGGCGUGGAGGAAUGCAUUUACCGACGAACUAGUUGCAACCAUGGGAUGUUGGCCAGAAGCAGUUCGGACUCGGACUUGGCCGUAGUGACAGCGGGUUAUCCCGGCAGCCUGGAUGUCGAAGCGUAUGAAGAUGAGGAAGAAGAAGAAGAGGACGGUGAGGACUCUGAAGACGAUAGAGAUGAUGACGAUGACUGCAUGGGAGCGGAACACAAUCAGCAAGAAGAGCUACCGUAUCCAGGGUUCGUGUCCAUAUCGAUGAAAUACUUGGACCAAAAGUCUAGGCCUCGAAAUUGGUGUUUGGCCAUGAUCACUAACCCGUGGUUCGAGAGAGCAAGCAUGCUUGUCAUACUGCUGAAUUGUGUUACUUUGGGCAUGUAUCAACCGUGCGUGGACGAUCAAUGCAUAUCGAGAAGAUGUAGAAUUCUACAAGUGUUCGACGACUUCAUAUUCGCAUUCUUUUCGCUAGAAAUGAUCGUGAAAAUGAUCGCCAUGGGAGCGUACGGUCCCUGUACAUACCUCGCAGACUCCUGGAACAGAUUAGAUUUUUUCAUCGUGAUCGCAGGUGCUUUGGAGUACUGUUUAAACGUAGAGAACAUAAAUUUCUCUGCUAUACGAACAAUAAGGGUGCUGAGGCCGCUUCGAGCCAUCAACAGAAUUCCAAGUGAGUAA